AUGGCGUCCAGAAGCACUCCCGGCAUCUUGUACGUGACCAUGCAGCCCAAAGAGGGUCUGGGCGACGCACAAUUCCACGACUGGUACCAGAACGAACACGGCCCGAACCGCCUGCGCCUGCCAUUCUGCAACAACGGGUUCCGGUACCGCGCGAGCGAUCUCGCCGACGCGCAGGGUUCCAGGGAGAAGCCGGAAUGGAUGGCCAUCUACGACUUCGACGAGCUGGAGUGGCUGACGCGCGAGCCGUACCAGAAACUGCGUUCCGCGCCGGUCCAGACACAGCGCGAGCGCGACACCAUGAAGCAGAUCUUCGUGGACCGCAGGUCGUACGAUCUCCUUGGCGAGUGGACAGGCGGCGACUUCACGGAUCUGCAAAAGGUGGAGAAUGAAGGAGUCAAGAACGUCAUGAUCGCCGUCUCCUUUGUGCUGCAAGAAGGCGCAGGCAAAGAAGAAGAGCUGAAGCGGUGGUACGAAGAAGAGCACGUCCCGCUCCUCCAGAAAGUGCCCGGGUGGAGACGCAGCAGGCGCUUUGUAACGUCGUACCUGGACAUCCAAGCCAAACCCGACACGCCGCGCGAAUUCCUCGCGCUCCACGAGUACGCGCCCGAGAACGGCUUGGGUGGGGCGGAAUUCAUCGCCGCCACGACCACGAAAUGGUGCGAGAAGAUUUACGCCGACGUCGUCGCGGACCGCAAGAGGCGGACGUACGAGUUGUACUACACCUUUGGCGCCGCGCCGCGCGAUCUCAAAUCGCUCUCUUCGCCCGACGCCGUGCCCGCUGAGAGCGAAUACGGGCUCUUCAAGACGCACCCCGCGCACACGGUCGCAGAGAAGCGACCGGUCAUCGCCAGCAAGAUCACCACGUCCGACGGCGUGGACCUGGAAUACCGACUCGAGGGGAACCCGGACCCGGACGCGCCGCUGCUGGUGCUGAGCAACAGCAUCCUAGUCGACUACAGCAUCUGGGACGCCUUGGUGACGGGCUUCCUCGCGCUCAAGCCGAGCUACCGCGUGCUGCGGUAUAAUACACGCGGGCGCUCUGCGCUACCCGCGAGCAGCACGGCGCCGAUAACGCUCGACGUGCUGACCGCCGACGUGAUGACGCUGCUCGACGCCCUGCGCGUCAGAACUGCAAGCAUCGUCGGCGUAUCCCUCGGCGGCGCAACGGCACUCAACGCCGCCCUCACACACCCAUCCCGCAUCCCGUCCUUCAUCGCAUGCGACACGAACGCCUUCGCCCCGCCCUCAAACGCAGCGGCGUGGACUGAGCGUGUCGCGCUGGCAGAAAAGGAGGGCCUCGUGUCUAGCGACGGGUCAGCAAUCGUUGGCGAGGAGCUAGCGGAGAUCACAACGCGACGCUGGUUCGUGUCGGAAUCGUACGACGACGCCGCGCUCAGGCCGCGCUUGGAACACGUGAAGCAGCUCGUCAAGACGAACUCGCUGCCUGGGUUCAGAGAUAGCGUCAGGGCGCUGCACGGGUACGAUAUCCGCGGCAAGAUGGCGGGGUACGAGGGAAGGGGCGCGUUUCUCGUUGGCGCGGGGGACGGCGUGUUGCCCAAGACGAUGAGGGAGAAUAUGGCUGAGAAACUCGGGAGUGGGGUGCAUCUCGAGGUCGUGCAGGGCGCGGGGCAUUUGCCGAUGGUUGAAAGGCCGGACGAGGUGGCGCGGUUUGUCGCGGGGUUCUUGUAG